UCUAGUAGUGAGAAUGAAUCAUCGUAAUCAUCAUCAGCAUUUGCGUUAGGAACAGGAGGCUACAGAACAGAAGCAAGACAACCUAGAACAGUUUUCGAAAACAGCAUCUUUUGCGCCGUAGCGGAAACUAUUACGAAGAACUACAAUUAAAUCUUGUCACGCAUCAACAGCACUACUACACUGCCAUGAUUUCCUCGUCCUGGUUUAUGAGCAAAACCGUGCCACUGGUUGCACGGUCUAUUCUAUCAAAGAGCAACAGAGCGACGGUGACAGCUGGCGCCACACUUCCAACCCGUCGGGGUUACCGCGGGGACACCGGAGAAGCUGUGAACAAGCUGACCGAAAAGGAAGAAAAGCUUCUCAAGAUUGCUCUGCCAAAGGCCGAAAAAAUAAUGAAAAAACACAUCGAGCUACCCGUCGACGACAUCGCAACCCGCCGAAAGCGACUGAUCUACAGAGCGAAACAAAGAGGGUGGCUCGAAGUUGAUCUGCUUCUGGGAACGUGGGCCAGCGAAAACGUUCCCCAAAUGGAAGACGGAGACGAAUUGGAUCAAUUCGAGGACUUUGUCAACAUGGAAACCAUCGAUAUCUACAACGUUAUCACGCUGCGACUCGACGUGCCCGAGGACAUGAAGCGGGACGGAAACGGCGUUGUAGAACGAAUCCAAGAAUGGGCGCGAUCCCAUCCGCUCGGGAGAGGAGAUCCGGACGCCUACAAAGCGGUCAAGAUGGAGCACAAGCUUACUUAGGGUGCAGCGAUAAUUUGGCAGGCGAAUGUUUUGGUGCCAGACACAUGGAAGACGUUCAAUGGAGAUGCUUUUCUUCUCGACUUACCUCGACUCCACCAGUUUCACUCCUUUGAGUUUUGCAUCUUUUCUUUCGAGAGUUCAAGAUGAUCGAUCCUUCCGAGGCCAUGGAUUGCACAAUAAGAUGGGCUGGUAGAUCAGUUUCCUUCCGAAACAGAAGGCUUGCUUGUUAUUUGGUAUUGUUUUAUCCGUUCGUACGGACUUGCGAAACAAUGUUGAGGCAAAAGUCGAAAGGCUGGUUUGAGGAGCGAUAGUUCUGUUGCCCAUACAUUACCGCAUAUUAUUAUUUAAAUACAGAAAGUACUAUGCAAAUUACACCAGUACGUACUACUGUAUUCAGUAAAUUCAACAGUGUACGUGUAGUUAAAUUUUUGGAAAAAAAGGGAGAAGGUGCACUCAAAUUGAGAGAAAGGCUUCACAGUUAACUACUCGAAUUAAUAUGCAGUAUCUCC